CCUUCACUGAGGAUAGCAAGACUCCAGUGAAUGAAACCACCACACUCCUGAUCCGUCCAGACAGAGCAGAUGAUGGAGCUCAAUACAGAUAAACCAAAACACUUCAAUUCAACAGAGACCAUCAUUAAAAACGACGAGGUCACACUAAACUGUACAGUGAAGGCAAAGCCGGCUCCUACGUACACAUGGCACUCAGAGCAUCUGAAAGAGGAGAUCAGCUUCUCAGUGCUCCAGUCCUCCACACUCAGUCCAGGAAACUACACGUGCACUACCACAAACUCUCUGGGAAGUGACAGCAAAGUGUUCAUCAUCAAAUCUACAGAGAGUCAAUGUCCUAUUCAACUCAUCCCACGGAGAGCUGUUGUGAGGUACGGUGACGAUGUUUCAGCUGACUGCAAAACUUCAGUCCCACAUAAAGGGAUGGGAUGGGAAGCCAGUGAGGGAGCAGUGUCCAUGACCAGAGACAGUCUGAUCACAUGGAGAGUGUCAAAUCUGAUAGAAUGGGACAUACAGCCAUUCUGCUACAUAAACCAUGAGAAACAGUGUCAAGUAGAGCUCCCAGUCACUAUUUACAAGACUCCAGACAGUGUGUCCAUCAGCAUUGUGGAUCACAGCGGACCAAUGAUAGAGGGAAAGCAGUAUGAGCUCCAGUGUGAUGUUCACGAUGUGGCUCCUGUUCAGAAUCUCACUGUCAAAUGGUACAAAGGACAGACUCUGCUGAAUCAAACCACAUUCACUGAGAAUAGCAAGACUCCAUUGAAUAUAGUCACCACACUCCUGAUCCGUCCAGACAGAGCUGAUGAUGGAGCUCAAUACAGGUGUGAAGCAGAGCUGGAACUGGGAGCAGAAGGACCUCAACCUCCUCCAAAAGAAAUAUCAGACCCUCUCAAUAUCACUGUAUAUUAUGCUUCAAAAAUUAAAUUUUGUAACAGCUGGUCACCAUUGACAGGGACCUCACUGGAUUCACAUCCUUUAAAUUUAUAUUAUGUGGUGGGUAACCCUCGUCCAGACAUCUCCUGGAGACACAAAGCAUCAUCAGUCAAUUCCUCUAUGCCUCUUACCAAAUUUGAUUCUGGCCAAUAUGAAAUCAUUGCCAGUAAUGACCAUGGUGAUUUCAAUUGUUCUAUAAACAUCACAGUAGAGUAUCCUCCAGAACUGAACUGCAGCGAGAGCUACGAAGUAAAAGAAAAAACAUUCUUCAAAUUUCCUUGCAUAGCCGAUGGAUUACCAAAGCCUAAAUUCUCCCUCUACAGAAAUGGAAAAAUUAUCGAGCGUGACUUUUAUCCCAAUUGGACUGAUAGUGGCCAGUAUCAAUUAAUCGCACAUAACCAACACGGAACAAUUAAUUCUACAUUCACCAUCAACAUCCUACAUGCCCCAGUGUUUUAUGUCAGCCAACAGAAUUUUGUCGUGGGAGAAGACAGCAACAUAACGCUAGAGUGCACCUCGGCUGGUAACCCAGAACCUGAGAUGUGGUUGAGUUUAAAAAAUAAGAACAUCUCCACUGGGAGGCGCCACAUAACCUUAAACAUUGAGAGAGCCACGUCUACCAAUGCUGGAGUUUAUACAUGCAGUGCCACGAAUAAAUUUGGACGCAAAGACAAAAGCUUCGUAGUGGAGAUAAGAGAUGACUCUCGCAACUACUUCCCUAUUGUUGCUCUGGUAUUGGGACUGCUUGUUUUAAUCCUCCUUAUAGUGAUCUUAUUGUGGGUGAGGAAAAAUACAACAGGACUUUAUGAAGUAGGUGCAGUCAGUGGAGCAGUAUGAACUGUUAAGCAAUGGGGGCCCUAAGUGAGUUUUAUCCUGUUUUAAUCAGUUGAAAUAUGCUUACAUUGAAAAAAGACAACAUAUUGAACAUCAUUCAGGUUACAAUAAAUAAAAACAUUCUAUAAAUAUCUGUGGUAUAAUGUGUAAAGCCUGUGUCAUACUUCCCGCGUGCGCUAGUCCGCUAUGGUAUGCGUGACGUAAAAAUCGUGUGACUCCCAUUUUUUCGCGCGGUCAGGCUACAAAAGCACCAACUGCGCAUGCGCGGGCUGUGUGACUAAGCCCGUUGCUAUUCGAACCUGUACAUUCCGUUGAUAAAACAAUAUAAAGACAGCCAGAUGUGCAAUUGUUUAUUCACAUGUUUGUUUACUGUUCAAGCCGAUCUACUGCGCAUGUAUGGAACACCAUCAUCGUAUGCUUUCGGUAGUACAAGUCCGCGUACGCGUCCGGAUUGCUCAUGCGGAAAGUAUAACACAGGCUUAAAAGCUAAUAUUGUACAGCAUGCACUUGUCACUUGUGUAUAUGAUA